AUAAUUUUGCUUAGUUUUGUAAAAAAAUCAAUAAUUUUUGUUUAGUUUUGUACAAAUUUUUUUUAGAUAACAAAAUGAAUACAAAUUCAUUCAGAAAUACCACCUAUCAAUGUCACUUCAGGUCUCCGACUGCUGAUAAAUUUCCAUCUAAAGCACAUUGGGUCUUGCAAACUGAUCCGAAUCUUAUAUCUGGACAAUUUGCUAAUAACAUUGCUUUGAAUAAAGAAUCAAUUCAAUGUAAAAUUAAAGAUGACACUAAACCAGAAAAUUAUGAAGAUUUUCUAAAGAAACUAGAACAAAUCAAGCCUGAUGUUUUUAAGAUGCAUUUCACUCAACCCAAUAUAAAUAUAGGAUUGCUGGAAAAAGUAUUUGAAGACCACAAAAGAACAACUUAUCAACAUUUUUACUCCCCGAAUGAGUAUUACCCCAGAAAGCAAAAACCACAGAAGGAACAUUCUAGCCUAGGUAUUCUUCAAAACAGUUCAAAAAAACUCACCAGUUAUGAUGCAUACUUUAAUAAUAUUGAAGAGUUCAAAAAAAUGUUUCAAUUUGAUAGAAAAAGUGAAAAUGAAAAGCAGAAACAGGAUGCACUUUUAAAACGUCGUACAAAUUUGGCAAUUAAAAAUAUGACAACUUAUUAUUUAAACUUAUGUGAACCGGCCAUACUAUCGAGACGCUCUUUGUUGAGGGAUGGUAAAGCAAAAGAGUCUCCUUUGGAUAGAUACACAGAUAGGCGUGUGUAGAUGAGUAUUUGUUUAAUAUUUUAAAUUCGAUUUCGUUCGAAUAAAUAAUUGAAUAAUCAUUAAAGGAAAGAAACAACUUAAUUUUUUUUUUAAAUUGCACAUGAGAAAUAAAAUAUUUUAUUAAAACUA